CCUCCUCCUCCUCCUCCUCCUCCUCCUCUUUGGGCUAACCUACCUGAGGUGCGAGCAAUCUGCCUGCCUGCCUGCCUCCUGGGCAGGUCGUAAAAAGCAGUCUCCCAAGGUUCCAAGGUUCCAAGCUUGGUGGUAGGUAACCUGAGGUUUUUACGGCUUGGCACUUACGGCCGGCUUUGCUUAUUCUCCCUCACUCUCCCCCUCCCCCCCAUCUCCCCCAGGUCCCCCGUCCCCGUCCCGUCCAGCCCGUCACCCACCCGCAUUGUGUGUAUGUGUGUGAGCCCAGACAUUUCUGGACAGGCAUUGAAACGGCCAAAAGCAGUGGCACGCUUUUCAAACGACUCCAAGGCCUCCACCCAUCUCAACACAGCAUCGUCACCACCAGGCAGCGAAUCCACCUCCGCCGCCUCUGACGUAUUGUUUACUGGCCUGUCCUCUCCAUUCCAUAAUGAAGGUCUAGAGUACUACUCGGUAACGGGUCUCCCCUCGGCGUCCUCUUGGGACGCGUUUGUGCCCAAUUGAUCGGCCCAGGCCCAGCUCAACCAGGUCAUUCCCGCCAGGCGGCCUUGUCCCUCUGGUUUCUGGUGUCAUCCCCCUCCCCUUCGCAGUCGACAACCAGCCCACUUUUUGCUCGCCUAGCACGCCCGCCAGCCAACGACAAUAACCGUGCUUGCUGCCCGCCCAUCGAGCUCGUUCCAGGGUCUGCAUCCCGGACGCUCGCCAUCUCUACCCAUCUCUCCAAAAGGCAGAGCCCGGCGCGAGCCCAACAACGCUCUUGUUUCUCUCCCAGACGGGCCUCAUCUUAGGUUUCGGCCAUCUGCCAUACCCGCCGACUCGCCUCACCCUCCCGACCAUCUCCCAGCCCCAACCCCCGACCUGUCUUCGCCUCGAGUAGCGAGCAGCGAGCGACGUCAAACCCCCGACGGUGGCUUUUCACGUCACCACCAACUAGCCGCAGUCAUGGAUCAGUGGGGGCCAGGCUACCACGACCCUGCCGGCGCAUCGAGGAGAUACAAUGGCAAUGACCAGAUAGGCCCAAGGGGCUACGCUACCCAGCCAGCUCAGGCGCCGGCCCAGGCGCCUGCAGGAUUCAAAUACGACCAGUACCAGGGCGGUCUCAAUUCACAUGCCUCCAGUUCCGCGACCUCCCCCGUCACCACCCCGCAGCUGCGCGACAACAACGGCGACGUCGCCAUGGCUGAUGCAAACGACCCUUACACGAGCAUGAGGAUGCCCAUGAGGCCUCAUCACUCUACACAUGUGUCCAGCGGGAGCCGGUCCUCUACCCUGCACUCUCCGCAGGAGCCUUCUGCCGCUGCCCAACGGUACUCGCCGAUGGAGGUGCUGUCCCCAACCUCCCCGUACGCCAAAGCUGGGGCCAGCCAGUUCUCUGCACCCCCGACAACGCGACAGUCCCCGACCCGGUCCGCCGAUUACCACUCCCCACAGAGUCCUUACUACCAGAACAGUCGGCAAUCAUCCCAGCAGCUGCCGCCCAUGGCGCCCUUCCCCGCUGCUCUCGACCAAUACUCCCAGCCUGGCGUCAUAAGCCCGAGAGGGGACGCCUGGCCAAGCAACCCUGCCUCUCCCAAAAGGAUGCUCUCCAUGCCGGCGGGGCCCGUCGUGAGCAAGGGCCCGGUGCCCGAGUUCAAGAAGAUAAGGACGCCGCAGGACCUCCAGCCAAGGGUCACCGCGCAGCCAGCCUUCCGGCGAGCGAAUCCAGAAGGUGGUUUUAUUAGUCCCCUUCAAGCCCUGACCGUUCACCUGCCGGCGACCUACCGGAUAUGUAACCCGAGCUUCAAGUACGAGUCAUCGCGCAACCCCCGGCGAGUCCUGACGAAGCCGAGCAAAGGCUGCAAGAACGAUGGCUACGACAACGAGGACAGUGACUAUAUCCUAUAUGUCAACGACAUCCUCGGCUCUGAGGAGGCCGGGCAUAAGAAUCGAUACUUGAUAUUGGACGUUUUGGGCCAGGGAACAUUUGGCCAGGUCGUUAAAUGCCAGAAUCUCAAGACCCAGGAGGUCGUUGCAGUGAAAGUCAUCAAGAACCGCACUGCUUACUUCAACCAGAGCAUGAUGGAAGUGUCUGUUCUGGACUUGCUCAAUACCAAGCUGGACAAGAAUGAUGACCAUCAUUUGUUGAGAUUGAAAGACACAUUCAUACACAAACAGCACUUAUGCCUGGUCUUUGAGCUCCUCAGCGUCAACCUGUACGAGUUGAUCAAGCAGAACCAGUUCCGCGGUCUUAGCACAACUCUGGUCAGGGUCUUCGCUCAGCAGCUCCUUAACGGGCUGGCGCUUCUCAAUAAGGCUCGCCUCAUCCACUGCGACCUGAAACCCGAAAACAUCCUGUUGAAGAACCUCGAAAGCCCCAUCAUAAAAAUUAUCGACUUCGGUUCGGCAUGUGACGAGCGACAGACUGUGUACACGUACAUCCAGUCGAGAUUCUACCGUUCACCGGAAGUACUACUGGGACUGCCAUACUCUUCGGCGAUAGACAUGUGGUCACUCGGUUGCAUUGUUGUCGAGCUUUUCCUUGGUCUGCCGUUGUUUCCCGGAUCCUCAGAGUAUAACCAAGUCUCGCGGAUCGUUGAGAUGCUCGGCAACCCGCCAAACUGGAUGAUCGAGAUGGGAAAACAGGCAGGUGAAUUCUUUGAGAAGAGACAGGAUGAGUUUGGCCGUCGGACGUAUCACCUGAAGAGCAUGGAGCAGUACUCGAGAGAACAUGGUACGAAGGAACAGCCCAGCAAGAAAUAUUUCCAGGCCGAAACUUUACCGGAAAUCAUCAAGUCUUACCCCAUGCCUCGGAAGAACAUGAAGCCAAUCGAGGUAGAGAGAGAAAUGAACAACCGGGUCGCCUUCAUAGACUUCGUUAGGGGUCUGCUCACCAUCAAUCCUCUGGAGAGGUGGUCCCCACAGCAGGCUAAACUCCACCCGUUCAUUACCCAGACCAAGUUCACCGGUCCUUUCGUGCCGCCGAUGAACCUCAAGGCAAGUUCCCUUAAUAGGUCCCCGGCGCCUGGGACGCAGCAGCAGCAGCAGGCCGAGGCGAUAAGCAAACAAAGGGCGCAGGCGGCGCAGGCACAAGCCAACACAGCGGCCCAGGGUGCCUACUCAAUGGCCACUGGCCAAUACGCUUCUUCCAGUCACGGCGCAGGCCCGGCUUAUGGCGGUAACAACAUGUACUCGCCCAGCCAUGCCGGGCCACCACCUGCUUACGGAUCGCAACCGAAUCCAUACAGCCAGGUUGGCAUGAAUCCCGCGCAGAUGCCGAACGCAAAUUACAAUGCUGUCACGCAACAACCUGGCAUGUACCAACAGGCGGUGAGACGGCAGCGAGCCUCCACCAUGGAACAGCAACAAAGCGGCAUACCGGCAGCCAUUCAAAGGGUUGCCAGCCAUCUCGACCCUAAUGCACCCAUCCGGCUGCAGCCCAGCCCAGCUUACUACCCUCCACCGGCCGACGGAGGUGGCUUGAUCGAUCCGGCCUCCGCCCGCGCCGGUGGCAGGAGGGGCAGCCAGGCCCAGAGGGGCGGGGCGGCCAGGGGCAACCGAGAUUUCAUCCGGAACCUAGAAGAGAGAACGCUGGAGGAGGGCUUUGGCCAGAACAAUCAUUGGGGUCACUGAGGGUAGAUCGGUAGGAUCGGCGAAGAUCCAAUGGCCGCAAUUGCUAUCAAUUUCCAGCGGGCACCUCGACAUGGGAUCACUCAUCCGCGGAGACAACACGCGCAGCUGAUAUCCUUCCGGGCGACCUGAGGACGAAUGUCGGCUUGGGCGCUGCAGGGAAGCUCACUUGUCCAGGGAAUCUCUGUGACGUCUGCCUCGGGGAUAGCAGGGCGUGCUUUGUGCAGUAUGGCGGUGUCAAAGUGCGUCCUGGUCUGACAUGGGGAGAUGUGACCAAGGGCGGAGUCGAUGCCCGUCCUCGCUCAGUGAACGGAAUCCUGGCUUGCGUGGUCCAGUCCUCGGAAGCCUUGAUUUUGGUGGGUUAGAAGUAACAAUGGACUGUUAAGAGGAGGGGAACAGAGCCACACCCCGUCGAGAUGAAGGCGGGUGGCGCGGCUGUGGAGUGCUGUUCUAUAACUAGCUUUUUUGGAGAGGAUGGCCCAGUUUCAAUUCCCCUUUUGUGUUUUCUACUUCUUUGGUCGCAGGACGAGGUGGAAGGUUGGGCAUGAGUGGCUGGUAUGAUAUACGAAUGGUACGGGUCGACUGCUCAGGCCGAGCCCCAGUGCAGCGGACAUGAAUAGUGGGGAAGGAGACUGCCCCGUGGCCUAUUUUACCUGAUUCGUAAAGACGCCUCAAGAGAAAGCAAGAGAGCAUGCAUAGCUAUGGAUUAUUUUGGCAACUGCCAGCAUCCCGAUGGGUUGAAGCAAGGGAGCUUGUUAGGCCAGUCCUCUCUUCUUUCCAAGGCCCGCAGUGCGUUCGCCCACCCACCCACUUGUCAGCACUGGCUUCUCGGAGUGAAGGCCCGUUUUCAGGAACGGGCCGCUCGUGAUUCGAUUUACACUCGCGUUGGCUAAUAUGUGGCGCUUAUCGUGCAGCAAGAUGGACCUGUGGGUGUUGACAGCGCAUCUGGCCGCGCUCGCGCUUGCGCACAAGCACCACAAGGACAUAGCAGGGACACUGUCCGUAGCUGUGGGUGGCUACAGGGGCAUCAUCCUCUCCACACCUGGGGAGGGACAAGAAGGAGAUGGCACCAUGAUGUGUGUCCGGGGCCGAUGGUGGCUCUCAUGCCCUCCUGGCCAACUUCAUGGGAUGAAGCCAUCCCUAGGCAGGACCGAUGAUCCUUGGCCCCGUCGUAACUUUCGUCGCCACCAGCUGAAGCACGCCAAAACGGUCAGCUUGCCAGUGCGUGAAAAGCAUGUUGCCCCCCUCCUCGCCCUGGGUGAUGGGCUAGAGCGCGCGCGACGACAACGACUCAGCAUUGCCCGGAGAACCGGCCGCGGUGCUAGUCCGGAGCAGUUCAUGCGGGAGGGCGGCGGAGCACGGCCUGCUCGGCGGGAGGUGGUGCAUCGUGAGCAACAGCCCAAGACGAUGUUGGUGAGCGAGUCUGGGCAAAUUGGGCCGAGGGGGGCUGAUUUCGGGUUCUGGCCGCCUAUGGCCCUCUGUCCAAGACGGGUGGAACAAGUUUUCCUUUUUCUUCUAUAGGCAAUAUUGCAUGGGGGGGGCCGAGAAGUGUUGCUGGAUGUGGAUCGUAGGAUGCUACUGUGUGCAGUAGUGUGUGUAGUUCUGGUAGUAUGUUCGCAUCGUGCGUCCCGCCGGAGACGUCAUCUGACAUGGCCCAGUUUUGAUGCAGUUCAAGUCUCACCACGGUAUGCACGGGGUCUUUAUCUUUGCUUGUGGGUGGGGAUUCUGAUCGGGGCAGUACUCGGUGGGUACCCAACCUGGUGGUGAGCCUCUGCGUGUGGAGGAUGCGGCGGCGGCGGUGGACAGACAGGUUGUCUAGUAUCGUGGCAGGACGGGGGGAUUAACGCCGACUGGCUCGGGUGUCACCGCACACGCCUUGCCCUCAACGGCGCACCACACACAUACUUUCGGCGGGCGGUGCACGCACAUCCAGGACAUAAGACCCCUAAAGCUAAAACCUAGGUGCUAAAUAUAGAGGCGGCGGGGCUACGGGGACCCAGCAAAAAGCACGCAGCAAACAAGACGGUUGCGGCGGUGGCCUUGUUUGUAAUGUUGCAUCCCGCUUCCGAUUUAUCAGUUGCCCCCUUGGUGGUAUACGUUGUGUGGCCUGGGCACACGCAUCUACAAUACACCGUACAGGAAGCUCAGGCAUGGCCCAGAGGCAACUGAUUACUGAUUGAGGAGGCAGUGAGAAAAAGUCAAUCGACAAGUACAGGUGGUGACGUUACCCGGGGAAGGCAGGGUAGGCAGGGUAGGCAGGGUAAUGCCAAUGUGACCCUGGGAGCUUGGGCCACGGGCCAUCAACCUCGAGCAACACUUGUUGUCCAUGGCAAGCGGCACUACUAUUCGUGCUACUCGAGUCUCGUGUGUUAGAGUACCCGCGCGGUCACGAAUCGGCUCGUCAGCUCCUCAGCUCUACUGGGGCCGUUGGGGCCGUGGAUUGGCGCUGGACCCCACAGCCAGGCACGCGCCUGUUGGAACCCACUCCCACGCAGCGCUCUUUUUGCGACGCUGGGGGCACACGUGUGCCAAAUGCGAGUCCCUCUCUCUCAAUAUGGUACUGCUCAUCAACUAGAUAGAUAGCCUGGCCAGGGGUGAAUACGUCCAAUAUUGUCGUCACCCUUUUCCUAGGUACAUACAUUAUUGACCGACGCUGCAGGCGGAUGGCGGAAUUCUUCCACAGUAACUAGACUACCUAGGCAGUGCUCAAGCAUCCAAGACAAGACAAGAUUGGCGCCGGGCGGGCGAUCUAUCAAGUAGCCUACCGGCUUACACAGCCUGCAACGGUAGCAGUUGCUUACCAACGGCCUCACCGUUGAGAUAGAAUAGCAGAAGGGGGAGAUGGGUGCAGACGAGUGCAGACGAGCAGACGAGCCAGGCAUGCAGGCAUUGAUGCAGUGCAAGGGGGAUCAGAAGUGGGGGAGUGCUAUACCCGGGGGGCACUUGUUGCUGACUCUCAGGCUGGCAUGCCAUGCUGUGUAU